AUACAGCCUCAAUAAAAGAUGACAUGUGCGAAGGGAAGCGCGUUGCACUACUAGCCUUUCUUCCACGAUGUAUGCCGGAGAACAGAAGGCCAAUUCUACAUGUGAACUUCUAUUAUCCAUUCGGUGAAAUUGGCAAGCGCAUUCGGGAAGAAUGGGAGGAGAAGGACAACGUUUGCGUUAAGGAUGAAACAACAUUCAUUUUGAAGCAUAUUGGCCAGGAUAUGGAAGUUACCUGUGACAAGAAAGGAAAUCCAGAACCUCUUGUAUCGAUGCUUGAAACUCAGAUCUUGGAUUGCGUUCCCUAUGAGUUAAUUGAUUUUGAGCUGGAUUACACUUGCGAAUAUACGAACGAAGUAAACAUCAAACUACGUGUUUACCAGGAAGAAUGCCGGUCAGAGAUGGACAUUAAGCAAAAGUUGAUAGACCCACAAGCGGAUGAACCAGAAGAAGUGGAAAUGGAAGUUGAACCGGAACCUUCGAUUCAUUUGAGAGUUCCAAAAAGAGUUACUGACCAGAUGAUUGGUGCCAUAUCAAGCCGCAAGAUACAUGCUGACCGGUUUUCUGUAUUGGUAAACGCCCUUGGCUUCAGUACCAAAGAUUUCGGGAGGUUUGUAUCGGAUAACAUUAGCUCUGCGGGGAGUAGGAAGGGGUACGCAGGCACCAAAAAGCUCCUCACAAGAUGGCGAAACAGAACAGACGAAGCGGAUCAGCGCCCGGAAUUAAGAGAGGCCUUUAAGAGAUCAAACCUUCCGGAUUUAACGAAAAGGUACCUGCAAGUAAAAGACGACUUCUACGAUUGA